UGUACAAGUUAAAAAAUCUUUGCUCAAUCGACGCAGCCUUUAAUAAAAAAGUAAAUUUAAUUAUUGCAUAAUUGUCGGCAAAUUUUCCAACAUUUUAAUUUAAGGUGAAAUAAUAAUAUUUCAAUCAAUAUUUAGACGUGUAACAAUAAUAUGAUGAUUGCCGUACGCCAUUUGAAAAACCUGCGACCUGUAAUCUCUUGCAGACAAAAACACACGCUCCCUGAAUUACCGUAUGAAUAUAAUGCCUUGGAGCCCAUAAUUAGCCGCGAUAUUAUGAGCCUUCACCAUAGCAAACAUCACGCAACUUACGUUAAUAAUUUGAAUGCGGCUGAAGAAAAGCUAGCUCAGGCACAAGCUAAAGGAGACAUACAAACUAUCAUCAGCCUCGCACCAGCUCUGAAGUUCAACGGGGGUGGUCACAUUAACCAUACCAUAUUCUGGCAGAAUCUCUCAGCCAAUGGUGGUAAACCUGCAGAUGCUCUCACUAAAGCUGUUGAGAAAGACUUUGGCUCAUGGGAGAAUAUGAAGAAUCAAUUAUCUGCUGCUUCUGUGGGUGUACAGGGCUCAGGAUGGGGUUGGCUUGGUUACAAUAAACUGAUGAAGAAAUUACAGAUUGCUACAUGUCAAAAUCAGGAUCCUCUUGAGGCCACAACAGGCUUAGUACCACUCUUUGGUAUCGAUGUUUGGGAGCACGCCUACUAUCUGCAGUACAAGAAUGUCAGGGCAGAUUACGUGAAGGCAAUAUUUGAAGUUGCGAACUGGCAAGAUGUUUCUGCGCGAUAUGAGAAAGCUGUCUGCUAAAAUAUCAGUGAAAUUCAGCAUCUUAGCCUUUCAAUGCAGGGGCAGUAAAAUUUAAUCACUCAGUGAUUUAGUGCAUGAAAUUAAAUCUGAUAGCUAUUGUGAUUAUAUUAUCUAUAAGUUAUUUCGUUAUGUUGCUUAAUAUAUAGAAACUUUGUAAAUCCAA